UCGUCCAAUUCGUUCUUCUUUCUUCUUUCGUAUGUGAAUGUGAUCCGAAAAAAUGGAAGUAGCAGAGGGCGAAGAAGCAGUAAGAAGAGUUCAAUCCCUCACACAAUCCGGUCUCUCUCAAGUCCCACCCCAAUACAUCCAACCUCCUCAAACCCGACCCAUUCUCCCCUUUCACCCGCCCCAAACACAACACAUUCCCAUAAUCGAUUUAUUCGGAUUCGACCCGACCCACAUACAAUCAACCCGCGAUUCCAUUGCACGCGCCUGUCGCGACUGGGGCGCCUUCCACGUCAUCAACCACGGCGUCCCUACCUCCCUUCUCCACCACAUCCGCCAUGCUGGUCUCUCAUUCUUCAACGAUCUCUCCAUGCCGGACAAGCUCCGUUACUCCUGCUCCCCCGGCGCCGCCGCGACGGAGGGUUACGGCAGCCGCAUGCUCGUCAACCACGAUGACGCCGAUCAGGUGCUCGAUUGGAGGGACUACUUUGACCACCACACAUUUCCUCUCUCUCGCCGGAAUCCAAAUAAGUGGCCGGAGUUUCCAUCCGGUUACAGGGAGACAGUUGCGAAGUACGGGGAUGAGAUGAAGAAUUUGGCGCAAAAGUUAAUGGCUUUGAUUUCAGAGAGCCUUGGGUUGAGACCAUCUUGUAUUGAGGAUGCUGCAGGUGAGCUGUACCAGAACAUUACCAUAAGCUAUUACCCUCCAUGCCCCCAACCAGAACUUACCCUUGGGUUGCAAUCGCACUCUGAUAUGGGUUUCAUUACGCUCUUGAUCCAAGACCAAGUGAGUGGACUCCAAGCUCUCAAGAAUUGUGGUGGUGAUAGCGAGAGUUGGGUCACUGUGGAGCCUUUGGAAGAUGCUAUUCUUGUUAUCUUGGGUGACCAAACUGAGAUCAUAACAAAUGGGAAGUACAAGAGCUGCGUGCAUAGGGCAAUUACAAAUCCUGAUCGCGCAAGACUAUCAGUGGCAACAUUUCAUGAUCCAGCGAAGACGGUUAGGAUCUCCCCAGCUUCUGAACUGAUAGAUGAGUCAUCGCCAGCCAAAUACCGGGGUGUCGUUUAUGGAGACUAUGUAAAAUCAUGGUAUACCAAAGGCCCUGAAGGAAAAAGAAACAUUGAUGCUCUUCUGCUUGAAUCUUAGCUUCUUGUGUUUUCUCCUUAGCCUUGUGGCUCAACUUUCUUUGAUUUUAGCUUUGUAUCUUCUGGACAAAAAGAAGUAAAAUUAUGCAUGAAAAGUCUAAUAUAGACAUACUUGUAUUUAUGGAUGUUGGAAAUUGGAAUCAAACCGAAAUUGAGUAACACGAAUUUGUGAAUUUGAAUAAUAAAGUUUAGGAGAGUAAUUUU